AUGGCCUCUUCAAGCCCUCUGGAGUGUACAAGUGGCGACAGUGAAACAGGGCGAACUCCACCUUCCGUGUGUUCUUGCCCCGAUGAUGUGAUCUCGUCUUUCCUGGCAACGGGGAGGGCGGACAGGUUUCAUUGGGAGCAAACCCGAUUACUGCCAUCCUAUUACAGUGACGUUCUUAUUGACACUGUUGCCACCUAUCGAUUGAGGCUGGCUUUUCUGGAGGCAAAGGUGGAGUACCUUAGACGGCGCAUCAACGACACGGCGUUGUUGGGGGAGGCUACUUCCCCAAUGAAGAGGGAGCAAGAGGUACAGCGCGCUCUUCGCAAGAAUACAGAGGCUACCAUUGACCGUUUAGCAGAUGUUGCCUUGAAUUGUUGGGUUGAGGAAGAUGUGCACUCGGAAGUCAGUGUGUUUUGUGCGGAGGUAUUUGGAGACGCGGAUGAAGCGACACUGCGAAGCCUCAUGGAGGAGAUUGUCUUGGAGGCGGUGUCGUAG